ACAUGCCGUAGAGCUUUCCCUUUAUGAAUACUUCAUAUAAAUUUUGUUUUCAACCCACAACGCCCUCUCUCUCUCUCCCUCGCUCUGAUAAACUUGUACAGUUCUCAUCGGAGUAGUCAAAAUGGCAAAGCCUGGCAACAAGAUUAUACAAGCCAAGCUGGUGCUUCUAGGGGACAUGGGAACUGGGAAGACCAGUUUGGUCUUAAGAUUUGUCAAAGGCCAGUUUUUUGAUCACCAGGAACCAACUAUUGGAGCAGCUUUUUUCACUCAGAUACUGUCCUUAGCUGAAGCCACAGUGAAGUUUGAUAUAUGGGAUACUGCAGGACAAGAGCGAUAUCAUAGCUUGGCUCCUAUGUAUUAUCGUGGUGCUGCUGCAGCUGUAGUAGUGUAUGACAUAUCAAGCAUGGAUACAUUCACUCGAGCCAAAAAAUGGGUUCAAGAACUGCAAAGACAAGGAAAUCAAAAUUUGGUGAUGGCAUUGGUUGCAAACAAGUCUGACUUGGACGCAAACAGAGAGAUCGAGACUGAGGAGGGAGAGCAAUUUUCUCAAGAAAAUGGGAUGUUUUUCAUCGAAACAUCUGCAAAAACCGCACAGAAUAUUAAUGAGCUCUUCUAUGAAAUAGCAAAAAGACUGGCAAGAGCAGCCCCUGCAAAGCGAAGUGGGAUGAAUCUAAACAAUGAAACACAAGGUAGAAGAAGAAAACUACUUUGUUGUUCAUUUUGAUAUCCCUAUCAUCUCAGGAGUGUUUGAGUAACCAAUGAUAUGAAGCUCCUCUUCACUUUCAUUGUAAUAACAUGCUCAUUUUUCAGAACCGGGUCAUUUCUUAAAGUCCCAUAUUCAGGUACUUCCAAUAUCUGUAAAGAAAUUGCUCACACAAAAUCAAAUUUGAUAUAAAGGAACAUAGUUCAAGGACAA